CUAUCGUUGGCCCUAUUUAACUUGGAUGAAUUGGCUGCGCAGCAAAAACUUACGUCUAAGACCUUAAAACCAGCAUAGUGACGGUCGAUUUACAUCUGCCGAGCAUGAACGUACCACGGAACAUGUUCGGUCAAGUUAAAUGGCGCAUACCGGGAUUUUGCUUGUGCGAGGGCCGUAUUUAUAUGGCUUAUGGCUGCAAGGCAAGUACUUUGUGUGUUUAGCAGCGUAUGCAAACAUCGCAUUGUUAAUACGGAUGGCCAAGUCGGAUUUGCGUCGUCCAGGACCAUUCUUUGCUGUGUGGUUAGGCUGCGGAUCUGAAACUAAUGCUAGGUCGAAAGGCGAGCUAGUUUAUCCCACGUAUCUAUGUAAUAACAUUGUGGCAGUGUUAGAAUGAGUCAGAUUCUUUUAAGCCCUUGACAAAAUAUCUUUAGAUUCCACGGAACAAAACUUUGAACUAGACAGUUUGAUAGCAAAUUGAAAUCUAUGAAGUGGUGAAAUUUGUUUAUGAAGAUAUCAUAAGAUGAAAUUGAAAUCCCAGCUCACAGCGGUUGAAAUUGGUUUGGGAUUAAAGCUGCAGCAAACAGAGCCACACACGACGCUUAGUUUGACUGACAAGGUUAUCAGUUAUCUGCAGAAUGGCCCUUGAAGGUUGCAGAACUUCUCACCAGCUCUAACCCGAGCUAGGUUGUAAACUUUAAAUCGUCGUCUUAUCAGAUGAAUUAGCACGACUGAGAAUGCUAUGAGGGUUGCGUCGUUGAUUUAGGCGUGAAAACAUCUUCAAUGUAGUCGUAAAACGUGCUGGUCAGCAGGUUAAACACUUUCGACAUUUGAUACGCCCAUCAUAGCAAAUGGUAUCAUUUUAAAGUGAAACCUUAUCGUAAUCCAACACACUAUUGUUAAGCUAUUCAAUACGGAAGCAGCGUUAUCGAGACGCUAUUGUUACGUAAUAGUUACGCAACAAUACCAUGUGUAUUCCACGCGGUCUAGUAGUCUCGAUUUCCUCUCAAACAAACUAUUAUCUGCUCGACUUUAAUCCGCAUCUAUUUAUCGAUAAACCGGUUAAUACCGAAAAUAACCGGCUGGUGGUUUAUUUUGAGCAAAACGCAUAUGAAAUGGUACCAAUUCUGAGCCUUAACCCACCAAACACUACCCUAUCCAAUUACAGAUCUUGCGUAGUUUAUUUUAUUCAAUUGUGCUGUGUUUUAAAUUUUCGCGCCAAAUGGAAAAGUACUGUUACGUCACAAUGUGUGCAUUUUUGUGGGCCACCGCCUUAGCCAGCUACAAAGUUGGAAGCCAAACUGAAUACCAACGACUCGUUUUUAAAGGUGAUGGUUUAGCCUGCCCAGAUUCCUGUCACUGUUCGUCACCAGAAAGGGUCGAUUGCAGCGAAGCCGAUCUGCAGUUUGUGCCAAGUAAUAUCUCGGGCAGUACAGUUUACCUCAUUCUCACUAACAACAAAUUGGAAGCUUUAUCCUCCGAGUGUUUCACUGAAUGCCCGCUCGUUCAAACAUUGGAUUUACAGUGGAACAUGAUAUCGGAAGAGGGACUCCCCCCGAGCACGUUUGCCCCGCUAAGCAACUUGUACCACCUGAUCCUAUCAAACAAUAGGCUUCGCAAAGUGCCGGCCGGUUUGCCGGAUUCUCUUUUAACGCUCCAUUUAGCAGGAAACGAAAUAAAGCGAAUAGACCCGGCAGCUCUGGCCUUGAAGUCCCAACUACGGAAUCUUUAUCUUCACAACAACCGUCUUGCAGAUGACGGAAUACGGCGCGGAAUUUUCCGCAGUCUUCGAAAACUGGUGGAAAUGACUUUAUCAAGCAACCAAAUCACCCGAAUGCCUUUGAUUCCGGAUUCCGCGGAAAUGGUUUAUCUACAAAACAACAGUCUACAAGAGUUACCACCGGGAACCUUUCGGCAUAAACGAAAUGUUCGUGUCCUUUUCCUGCAGCGAAACAACAUUUCAAGCGAUGGAAUAAAACGAAAAUCGUUUGCUGGACUUCGUGGGGUCGAGUACCUCGACCUAUCAAGGAACAGUCUGCGGGAAAUACCGCAUCAUCUUCCCCGCAGUUUGAACCGACUUCACCUCGAAGGGAACGAAAUAACCAGAGUUUCACGAAACGCAACGAGCAGACUCAAAAAACUGAAGUAUUUGCUGCUGCAUCAAAACAAUAUUCGGUCGGGUGGAAUUGAAAGCGGAGCGUUGCGUAACCUACACAACCUACACACUCUACGGAUGUUCGGAAACCAUCUUACAGAAAUACCAGAACCACUACCAAAAAGGAUACAUUGUCUUAUUCUACUAAACAACAAGAUCCGAUCGAUCAGCAACAAAGUUUUCCAACACACGAGGACCCUUCAAGAGUUGGACUUGCGGUAUAAUAAACUGACCAACAAGCGAAUUGCAAGGGGAACAUUCAGAAAACUGAAAUCGGCGAACCGAAUUGACUUGUCCGGGAAUCAGCUGCGUGCAGUGCCAGGUCUACCGAGAAACGUGACGACUCUGCUACUUAAUCGAAACCACAUAAAAAAGAUACCACUACGAUCAUUUUCAAGAAUGCCAUAUCUGAAACAAUUAGGAAUGGCCGACAAUCGUAUUCGAAGUGAAGGAAUUCCAUUGAACGCUUUCAAAGUGAACACAAAUAUACAGGUUUUAGAUUUAAGCAGCAACGAACUUGUGAGGUUACCACGGUUUUUUCCACCUAAUGUUGAAUAUCUUUACCUCCAAAACAACAAGAUUACCGAAAUUCGAAAGAUGGCGUUUUUCUCCGCUCCAAAAUUAAAAGGUAUCUUUCUACAAGACAACUUACUACUGCCAGAGACCGUGUUCCGCUCGGCAUUUACAGGCCUUAAAAGUUUACACAGGGUUGAAAUUUCAUGGCGACCGCUGGAGCCGAAUGCAAGUAAUGCGAAAACGCUCAAUCGAAAAAAGCGGGACAAUGCGCUUCCCAAAAUGACUGUUUUUCGACAAUACAAACGAAGAAGACGCGUAAACUAAUUUGUA